AUGUCUGGGACGAUAUCUGAUACCGACGGCUCUGACCUUCUCCCACCUCCCUUGGGCCUGAGUAGCUCGAGUCUUCCAAGUCCACCAUACGAUGAUUGGGAAAAGCCCGCCGAAUUUGACCCUGCUCGGCACCAUGAUCCUCUUGGAGACCAGUCUCAGCUGCACUCUGGAAAGAGCUGGUCACAAAACUGGUUAGAGGAUGGCUUCGUCGACCAGAGUCGCGAAGCAUCGCCACUUGAACUACAGCCCAGGAAGAGCUUCCGACUCGGAAAGAGCUUGAGUGAGAAGGAACGUGAGAGAGUGAUAUCGUACGCCGAAACCAAGCACCCGGCGAUGAAAAGAGAUGGUGCUGAGCGGAAGACGCUACGUACUAGCAGUGCGAGAUCCAGCCUUCAACAUAACGUGACUCACUUACUCAGGUCUCUGUCGCGGAAGGGGCCUCUGGAAGGCAAAGAGAGCCAUGGGCGGGAGAGUCCACCACGAGAAAGGCAGUUGGCUAUUCCUGCAACCCCAUACCAAGUAUACGGUGCAGAGGUCUUCUCGAACAAACUGCAGAAGAGGCAACAAAAAGAAGCGCGAGAAGCUCAGCGGACGCGCCAAAGGGGGAAAUCUAUCAGCCUCGUUACAGCGUACCAGAACAGUCAAAGUCAGAUUGUCGGAGUUCUUGAAGGGGCAAAACGCAAACUGAGGCGGAAGUCGUCACAGAAGAGACAGCGCAAGUUGAAGGACAGUAUCAUCAUCCUUGGGCCAAGUGCAGUCAUUGGAGCUGUCACUGCCACGGAACAACCUGCAGUGGACGGCGAAGAGUUAUGGAUUUGA